AUGCAUGAUCUUAUGCAUGACCUUACAAAAUUAAUAGCAGCAUCUGAUGGCACAACUUUUUAUUCAAAAGGAGAAGAUAUUCAUGAAAAAAUACGUCAUGUAUCAUUUGAUAGAACAUUUCUCUUAUCAUCAAGAAUUCCAACCUCGUUGUAUAAAGCAAACAAGAUAAGAACAUUUCUUUUGCCAAGUGAAUCAAGAUACGAAUAUGCAGGCUUGGAUAAGUCAACUUGUAAUGCAAUUGUUUCAAGUUUUAAGUUCAUACGCUUGUUGGAUCUACAUAAAAUGAAUAUUGAAACAAUUCCAAGUUCUAUUGGGAAGUUAUGGCAUUUAAGGUAUCUCAAUCUAUCCAAUAAUCCCAUCGAGAUGCUUCCUAAUUCCAUUACAAGAUUACAUAAUUUGCAAACACUAAGACUCUUUGAAUGUCCAAUUAAACAAUUGCCCAAAGAUAUUAACAAAUUAGUCAACCUCAAGUAUCUUGAGAUGAAUAAAUGUUGGCAUUUGACUCAUAUGCCACGUGGAUUGGGGCAAUUAACUAAGCUUCAGACAUUAUCAAAAUUUGUGAUGAGUCAGAAUAGCUGUUUAGAUUUCAGGCUCCACGGUGGAUUGAAAGAGCUCAACGGGCUAACCAAGCUGAGAGGAACGCUAAAGAUUAAGGGAUUGAGACACGAGAAAGAAUUUGCAUCAAAAUCUAAGAAUUCAAAUAUGAAAGAGAAAAUACAUCUUCAAGACUUGACGUUAUCGUGGAUAGAAGACGACGUGGAUGAGUCUAACAUUGGGUAUAAUGAAGAGUCACUUGAAGCCUUGCUCCCACACGGUCCACUUUCAGAUCUUCAACAAUUAUGUUUAAAUGAAGGGUUCGGUUAA